AAUACGCUAUGCCAGUGUUCUAGAAGAUGGGGAGACCGGGAGAGGGAAGCGAAAUGCGAAAGGCAGCCGAGGCCGCGAGCCGACGCACGCGGCUCGUUGCUUCCUCCAUCCCCUUUCCUCACGCCGACGCCAAAGUAUACCAACGAAUUCCUCCUCGGGCUCCCACCUAAUCGUGUUCGCCGCCUGCCUCUCCCAAACCCUAGCAACCCACGAUCGAACCCAAAUCCGCUCCUCCCACCCGAGGAAUUAUGCGAAAUUCCCCGAGAUCCUAGCCCAGCACUAGCAGAUCGAUCCAUCGCUUGCCCACCUGCCGGCCACCAACCCUUGUAGUCUCAGUCAAUCUGUAGAUUGAGACUACGAUGAGCCUGUCACCGCUCGACUCCUCCUCCCCGCCGGCCGCGGCUGCGGCUGCUGCUACGGAGGUGCCCCUCGCCCCGGGCUUCCGCUUCCACCCCACCGACGAGGAGCUCGUCUCCUACUACCUCCGCCGCCGCGUCCUCGGCCGCCGCCUCCGCGUCGACGCCAUCGCCGAGAUCGACCUCUACCGCCUCGAGCCCUGGGACCUCCCCUCCCUCUCCCGCAUCCGCAGCCGCGACGCCCAGUGGUACUUCUUCGCCCGUCUCGACCGCAAGGUCGCCGGCGCUGGCGCCGGGGGCCGGGGCGGUCCCGGCAACAGGACCAACCGCGCUACGCCGAGGGGGUACUGGAAGACCACGGGCAAGGACCGCGAGGUGCACCACCGCGGCAAGCCCGUCGGGAUGAAGAAGACGCUCGUCUUCCACGCCGGGAGGGCGCCUAAGGGCGAGAGGACCAACUGGGUCAUGCACGAGUACCGCCUCCUCGAUGCAGACGGACCUCAGGAUCUGCAUGUGGUUUGUAGAAUCUUCCAGAAGCAUGGGUCUGGACCACAGAACGGUGCGCAGUAUGGUGCACCAUACAUGGAAGAGGAAUGGGAAGAGGAUGAUGAUGCUAUUGAGAAUGGUUCUACCCACGAUGCAUCUGGUCAAAUUGCUGCAACCACCUGUGCUGUAGAUGAGGAGUCAAAUGAGGACGAUGAGAAUGCAUAUUGUGAAACAAACAGACCUGCUCGAGUAGAACCAUCUCAUCUGCCUUCGGUCCAUGAAAUGCUCAAUCCACCAGAGAUGGCUCCUCUCCAAGGGAAUGAUACCAAUGGGGUUGCAUAUUCCAGGCAGCAGCAAGCUGAUGGCUUCCCAGCACCUCGCCAAGUUGAUGAAAGUAUGGUAUUUUAUGAUGCCCCAUCUGAUUACAACUUGGUGGAUGGAAAAGAUGACUUCGUAUAUCUGAACGACAUUCUGAAUGAGCCACUUGGAAAUGAAUCGCUCUUUGAUGGAGAUGAUAUGAUGGCUUACUUUGAUGCCACAGAGAAUGAUUUCAAGUAUGACAUUUUGGGCUCUGGUCAGGGUUUGGAUUAUCCACUUGCAGACAUGCCGUUGAACUUUGCCCAAAAGAGUGACAAGGAAGACAAGUUUACAUUCGAAGGGAUCUCUGAGGUUCCGGAAGCAAAUCCUCAGUACGGUGCAUCCUCAUCUGGUUCACAUGAAGAUCUGUAUACUGAUACUGAAUUUCUAGGUGUACCAACAGAUGACACUGCUGAUAAAACUUACGGAAAUCGCCUGGCCAGCAUGUUAGGCUCUAUCCCAGCUCCACCUGCAAUGGCCUCAGAAUUCCCGCCGUCAACAGGGAAAUCUGCUGGGAUGCUUUCGGCUGUCAGCUCGAGCUCAAUUCGUUUUACUGCUGGUAUCAUCCAACUUGAUGGCCUCACUUUCAGCAGCGGCUCCGGUCAGUGGCCCUUGCAGAAGAAUGGAGACUUGAGUUUGCUUGUCUCUUUUGCUGUGGAGGGCGACGUGGCAUCCAAGCUCCCUGUUGGUCUUGGGCGUGCUACUCGGAUUAGCACCGUUCCCAUGGUGCUGCGCAGUGGUUUUUACCUUUUCUUUAUGUCGGCCAUGAUUCUCUUGUUUAGCUACAAAGUAGGGUCGUGUAUCUACAGCAGGUAAGUUGAAGUUGAUGGCGCCUCUUGUCCGGCCAGACCUGUGGGCUGUUUAUUUUAGUUCAACACGUGGAUCAUUCCCUCAGUGAUGGGGGUAUAGCAGUCGUUCGACACCUUUUUUACACAUUUACCAUUUUGACCUGUCAAAACAUACAGCAAUAAACUUUCGAACUGGUGGUGGUGAUCAUGCCGGGACCAUGUUCUCGUCAGGGAAAGCAGUGCACUGUGAAUUUGGUGCUCUGCUCUUAUUAUUGUAACCAAAAUUAACUGCAAUAUGUUAUAUUCUGUCCUGUAGAGGAAAAGCUAUUUUAUCUGGUUAUUGUAACCAAGAUUAUACCUUGGUGGGUUGCUGUCAAAGAAACAAUGGAAAUAUGAUUAUUAUCA